AUGGACGAAAGAGAUGCCGCAGCGGCGCCCCCCAGCGUCCAACCUGCCGCCGACCCCACGCAGACCAAUGUCGAAGCCCAGAUUGCGUCCCGUGAGCAGGUCACUGGCGCCAUGUCUGGGCUGGCACCGGGACUUGGGUCUGGACCAUCCGCUGAGGAACCACCUCCAUCAGCACAACCACCAACGGCAGCCAGAGCACAAGCACAAGCAUCAAAUCCUGCGACUCGGUCAAUUACUACGGCGCCGGUUCCUGGACGAGCUCCCGCUACCGCAACAGCUCCCCGUUCAGCUCCCGCUCCCGCUGCCGCUCCCAGUCACGGCCACGGCCACGGCCACGAGCAACCCGCCCUCCGUGUGCCUCGAUUUGUCGCUCCCUCGUCCUAUCUCCGUUUCAAGACCUCGCACGGCAGCGCCAUGGCAGCAGCUGCAUCUGAGCCGACCUCGAACCCGAGCACACUGAGCCCGCCGAGCCCGCUUGAUAAGGAACAACGUCAAGGACUGAAAGCGAUUCGGGACUUUCUCAAGGUUCGCACCAGCUACGAUGUCCUGCCGCUAUCCUUCCGUCUCAUUGUCUUGGACACCGACCUCCUCAUCAAGAAGACGCUUAAUAUCUUAAUACAAAAUACAAUCGUUUCUGCGCCGCUAUGGGACUCACAGAGAGGACGUUUUGCCGGCAUACUGACGGCCACUGAUUAUAUCAACGUCAUUCAAUAUUACUGCCAAUUUCCAGACGAGAUGAGCAAGCUUGACCAGUUUCGGUUGAGUAGUCUGCGAGGUGAGACUAUUUUGCACCAAGAAACAGUGGGAAAAGCCGUCGGACCCGCCGUAUGCAUGCUAAGACAGGUUGGCUUAGAUAUCGAAAAGGCAAUAGGUGCCACUCCAAUCGAAACGGUAUCUGUGCAUCCAUCUCGACCGCUUUACGAGGCGUGCCGACGCAUGCUUAAGACUCGUGCGCGACGUAUUCCCCUCGUGGAUAUAGACGACGAGACAGGCAGAGAGACGGUCAUAUCCGUCAUUACUCAAUAUCGUAUCCUCAAGUUCAUCGCUGUCAAUAACGAACACAACACUGUAAUGCUCAAAAAGACGGUUCGAGAGAUUGGCCUGGGCACCUAUUCCAACCUGGCCACCAUGCACAUGGAUAAUACGGUUCUGGAUGCCAUCCACCUGAUGGUCGAUAGAAACAUUAGCUGUAUCCCGAUUGUGGACUCGGAAAACCGGGUCCUGAAUGCCUUUGAGGCGGUCGACGUCAUUCCCUGCAUUAGAGGGGGUGCAUACGAGGAACUGGAUGGAUCGAUCGGGGAGGCACUGUGCAAACGGCCAGAAGACAGCCCAGGUAUCUACACAUGCGGGGAGGGGGAUCGACUGGAUUCAUUGUUUGACACGAUCCGAAAGAGCCGAGUACACAGACUGAUUGUUAUCGACGACGACAACAAACUGAAGGGUGUCAUUUCACUAUCUGAUAUCCUCAAAUACGUGCUCAUCCAAGGGGAAGAGGACUCGCCUCAAAGCUAG